CUGUCUGCGGGGCCUGCUGUGUUGCAACUGCCUUCUUGUGCUUGCCUUUUAACGCUGCACGGAAGAUGAGGAGCGUGAAGACCUCCUGUGGCCUGGAGACCGUCUGGGAGGACAAGCAGAAGUAUGGUGAAGCCGAGCGGCGCUUCUAUGAGCACGAGGCCACCCGAGCCGCCGCCGCCGCUCAGGAGCUCAUCGCCGAGGCGCCAGCCAUGAACGGGCCCGGUCAGGAGGCCACCGAGGAGGCAGAGGAGGUAGAGGCCCCUGACAGCAGCAGCAGGGGUGACCCCGGGAACAAGCCCCUGCAGAAGAAGAGGAAGCGCUCCCCGAAGAGCUGGCUUGGCCAUGUGGACCCCUCCCUCGUGGGCCUCUCGGCUGACCACGUCUGGCUGGACAAGCCACUUUUCGACCAGGCGGAGAGCUCCUACCGCCAGAGGCUGGCAGACGCGGCCGCCAAGGCCACCUGGCUGCCCGCCCUGGCCCCCCGGGGCCCCUGCACCCACGGAAGCCAGGUGGCCUGCCACCACGUGACCUGGGGCAUCUGGAUCAACAAGUCUUCCUUCGAUCAGGCCGAGCGGGCAUUCGUGGAGUGGUCUCAGGCCCUGCUACUGGCCACAGAGGGGAGCGGCAGGCAGGGGGCUCCCAACACAGGCCAGCGUGAGGCCACCCCUGACCUAGCCCUCGCCCACCGGCCCAGCCUACUGGGCAACGGCCAGCCUCCACUGGGAAGCUUGCAGGCGCUAGUGCGGGAGGUGUGGCUGGAGAAGCCCCGGUAUGACGCGGCCGAGAGGUGCUUCUAUGAGGCCCUGUUUGACGGCCACCCCCCUGGGAAGGUGCGCCUGCAGGAGCGAGCCAGCCAGGCCGACCAUGCCAGGCGGGGCCGCAGAGACCGGCGGGGCCGCAACGCUGUGGGGAGCAAGCGGGCUGGGCCGCGGCGGGCCGACGGGGAGGCCCCUUCUGCCCUGCCUUACUGGUACUUCCUGCACAGGGACGCUGAGGCGCCCUGGCUCAGCAAGCCUGCCUACGACAGUGCGGAAUGCCGCCACCAUGCUGCCGAGGCCCUGCGCGUGGCCUGGCGCCUCGAGGCUGCGUCCCUGGCUCACCGACCUGGUGUCUGGUCUGGCCUGUCCAUGUCCGGCCUGAGACCCAAGAAAAUGGCCACAAACUUCCUAGUGCAUGAGAAGAUCUGGUUCGAUAAGUUCAAAUAUGAUGAUGCAGAGAGGAAAUUCUACGAGCAGAUGAACGGGCCUGUGGCUGGCUCCUCACGCCAGACUCAGUUCUUUCUGCACUGUCUGCAGGAGAACGGCGCCAGCGUGAUCCUCCGAGACAUUGCGAGAGCCAGAGAAAACAUCCAGAAAUCCCUGGCCGGAAGCUCAGGCCCUGGGGCCUCCAGCGGUCCUGGCGGAGACCACAGUGAGCUCGUCAUCCGGAUUGCCAACCUGGAAGUGGAGAACCAGAGCCUGCGAGGCGUGGUGCAGGAUCUGCAGCAGGCCGUCUCCAGGCUGGAGGCCCGGCUGAGUGCGCUGGAGAAGAGCUCGCCCGCCCACCGGGCGACAGCCCCGCAGACCCAGCACGUGUCUCCCAUGCGCCAAGUGGAGCCCCCCACCAAGAAGGCGGCCACCGCUGCGGAGGAUGACGAGGACGACGACAUCGACCUGUUUGGCAGCGAUGAGGAGGAAGACAAGGAGGCCGCCCGGCUGCGGGAGGAGAGGCUGCGGCAGUACGCUGAGAAGAAAGCCAAGAAGCCUGCGCUGGUGGCCAAGUCCUCCAUCCUCCUGGACGUCAAGCCUUGGGAUGAUGAGACGGACAUGGCCCAGCUAGAGGCCUGCGUGCGCUCCAUCCAGCUGGACGGGCUGACCUGGGGGGCCUCCAAGCUGGUGCCCGUGGGCUACGGCAUCCGCAAGCUGCAGAUCCAGUGUGUGGUGGAGGAUGACAAGGUGGGGACCGACCUGCUGGAAGAGGAGAUCACCAAGUUCGAGGAGCAUGUGCAGAGCGUCGACAUUGCCGCUUUCAACAAAAUUUAAGCCCUGGCACUGGGCCUGAGCGAGUGAGGUCCUACCGCCAUUAAACACUGAGAUUCUGGC